AUGGGCGCGUCUUCGAGCACGAUGAACCCCGAGGAGGUUCGCGCGCUGGCGCAGACGCCCGUGGCGUACGAGUGUCCGCUCGGGGCGCCCAGAGCGGACACGCCCAAGGUGUACUUUGACAUCCAGCUCGGUCGCGGAUCGUCGGCGACGAAGCUGGGACGGGUGACGAUGGAGCUGCGCGCGGACGUCGCGCCGAAGACGGCGGAAAACUUUCGCGCGCUGUGCGAAAAGCCCGAGGGCGAGGGAUACCUCGGAUCGCGGUUUCAUCGAGUGAUCCCGCAGUUCAUGUGCCAGGGUGGUGAUUUCACGGCGGAUAACGGCACGGGCGGUCGGUCGAUCUACGGACGCACGUUUCCGGAUGAGAAUUUCACGCUCCAGCACCUCGGUCCGGGUAUUUUAUCCAUGGCGAACGCGGGGCCGAACACCAACGGCUCGCAGUUUUUCAUCUGUACCGUGGCGACGCCGUUUUUAAACGGUAAGCACACCGUGUUCGGGCAAGUCAUCGAUGGCAUGAGCGUCGUUCGAGCGAUCGAAUCCGUCGGCAGUCGAGGCGGCGAAACCGCCGCCGACGUCGUCGUCGGCGACUGCGGCGUCGUCUCCGCCAGCGCCCACGGCGUCGCCGCCGGUCGUCGUUCGACGAAACCAUCGGGCGCAUCCACCACCACGCGUCGCGGCGCCGCGUCCAUCGCGAGCGCCGCCGCGCGUCGUCUGAGUUCGCGCGCGAGCGUCCGCGCGUUUCGCGUCGCCGUCGGAUUCGCCUCCAGACGCGUCGCUCUCGCGUAG